AUGGUUUGCAUAGUUCUAUAUUACAACGAACGUGUUGUUUCAAGCGGGCUACUAAAGAGGGUUGAGCUAGUUGUAACUUCUCCUUUAUAUAGAACUAUGCAAACUGCGGUUGGAGUUUUUGGAAAUGAAGAUAACCAACCAAAUAUGAUAAGCAAACCUUCCAUUUUGGCACUUGAGGUUGCUCGAGACCGUAAUGGAGUUCACCCUCCUGAUAUGAGAAGAAACGUGAGCGAGUAUCAAACUAUUUUUCCCACCAUUGAUUUCUCUCAGAUUGAAAGUGAAGAAGACAAUCUGUGGAGGCCCGAUGUCCGAGAAUUUGAGGAAGAGAUUUUGGCAAGAGGGUUACAGUUCAUGAAAUGGUUAGGGAAGAGACCAGAGAAGGAGGUUGCGGUUGUCAGCCAUGGCAUAGUUUUGCAGCAUAUGUUGUAUGUGUUCGCAAACGAUUGUGACGUGUCAGUUAGACAUGAACUUUGCAAGAGGUUUGCUAAUUGCGAAAUUCGCACUGUUGUGAUUGUAGACAAAAGCCUUUGUUCUUCUACGGAGAAUUGA